CGGCGCGUGCGCUAAAUCGCGCUGAAUUCGAUUUUCAAAAUGUUUCAGUGGUGUGCGUGGUCUGUGUGUCAGUGAUUUUUUGUGUGCUCUCUAUGUUGCCCUUUUUUGGAGUUUCUUCGUAUUGGAACCCGGGAGAUUUAUAUUUCGAACGAAGCCAUUUUCUGAUUAUACAAUCCAUCACUCUACUUUAGGCGCGAACGAACGAAUAAUUCCACAUGACUUAGUCAACUAUUAAGUUCCUAAAGCUUAGCAUAAGUUAGGUAAAGAAAAUUACUAAAAAAUGUAUAAUUCGAACGAAUUCCUGCACAGCGCGGGUGUGAGCCGCCACAUGCAGGCUACAGGGGAAACGCCGUCGCAAAAAACUAGUAUGAAACGUCGAUCCUGCGAAGUCCCUUUAGGGGACUUACUAGGGUCUAAUAACUUCAAGGUCUCUUUGGGGGAUAUUACGAAUGACGGCCCCAACUACGAUUGCCGGUCGCUUAGAUCCGUAAAGUCGGAAGAUACUCGAUCUUUACGUUACUAUCGUCCUAUAGAUAGUCGCAGUGUAAAGAAUUUUAGGUCUUCUUUAGCUGACAUAUCCGCGUAUUCCUUAUCCCGUCCGCCGAGUUACGAUCAGCUGUCGAGGAGGUCUGUGGUAGAGGGUCCGGAUGGGCAAGGGAUCACGUCGAGCAUCGAAGGGGUCCUGUGGUCCGAUGAAGAGGAGAACGAGUACUUCUACCAUGAGAAUAUCACCUCUGCUUGGAAUCAAGAUUUAGCUGCGUUGCGACAACUGCUGGACAGCGAAACGGGAGGUACAACCUGUCCAAGUUGUAACAUGCCCUUUGAUAAGGGUAAAAAGAGAAAGCUGAUUGAUACGUGCGGUCAUGAGCGGUGCUACUCCUGCAUGUUCAGAAACGAAGCGUGCCCCAUAUGUGCCAGAAAAAGUCAAGGCAGGAGACAAGUCAUGGAACGAUAUACGCCGUCACCUCAACAACAGGUCGAUCGGGAAUGGCAGUCCCCGUUGCGACUCCCGAAACCACCGAAACAGCCUUCAAGCCUUGCUCAAAGUUGCCCCACACCGCCACACACGAGGAGAAGAUUCUUCCUCAGUCCCAAAUCUCUAAGGAGUCCAUUCGGCCAACGGAGCAGUCGCCAUUCACACGAGAACCACGUGCCUCUAUCUGGAUUGCCGGAGGAGGGUCCCAGGAGCGCGGCUUGGCCGAGCCUCGUGUUCAAUAAAAUAAGGUCGCUGUGGUCCGCUUACUCGUCCGUUCCUCAAGGGCUCAACCAAUUUGCAGAUGACGAGGGAGGUCACAUCAAGCAAGGGUACGAGUCUAGGAGACAGAAUGACUUGUACAUGCGACUUGGGCUGCUCCUGGGGGAGAGACGAGGUUCCAGGAACAAAUCCAGAGACAGCUGCACUUCGUUAGCCUCGCUGGAUGCUCACACCUUAGCGUCGCACAAUACUAGUCCGGUAUCAACAUUAACUGGUUCUUCAGAAGUGGAUGCAGCAACUCCACUGGGUCGCGAUUCACUGGGCUCCCUGGCUUCCAUGUCCUUGUCCGCAGCCAGUAACUGCUCAUCUUCCAGUCCGGGCAGCAGGCGGCAUUCUGUUACCGCUUUACAAAAUGGGCGGGAAGAGCUAACACGGAUGUCGAGUGGAUUCUUCAAAACUAGAAAGACAGCAGCAAGACGAUCAGCGCGCGUUAGCAGUAAACAGUCCACUACGUCUUCAGAGCUUAAGAAAGCUCAUCCGAGUCCUCAACUCACUCUUCGGCCAUUGUUCUUCGAAGUGCCUUCCACUGACAGUGAAGCUUGCUUCUCCGGCAGACAGUGGCUGAUGAGGGAUAUGGAGAAAGCUUUAGAAUCUACUUCUUCUGGUAUAAUGAUCUCAGGAUGUCCAGGCACGGGCAAGACGGCGUUAAUCCUACAACUAGUAGAUUACUCCUGCUUCGGUCGCAAAAGGAACUUCGAAUACGAGGAACUUAGAGAACAGUCUGACAUCAGGGAGGUGUUACCGGAAGAAAUCACCGCGGGAAUGGUCACGAAUCUUGCGUCGCAAGUCGUUGCUUAUCAUUUUUGCCAAGCGGAUAAUAACAGCACGUGUCUCGUAGGAGAGUUUGUUCAUUCCCUUGCUGCACAAUUAUGUCAAGCUCCCAGACUUCAGGCAUACAGAGAAUACUUACUAAGCGAGCCACAUCUUUUAUCUUGCCUGUCCUUAAAGGAAUGCAUAGCAGACCCGGACUUAGCAUUCAUGAGAGGAAUUAUAGAGCCACUUAUCAUUUUAAGGAGGAACGGAAGCAUAGAUUCAACUAAUAGUAUAAUUCUAGUUGAUGGCCUCUGCGAAGCUGAGUACCACAGGCCGGAUCACGGUUACACAAUCGCGACAUUCCUAGCGAGACACGUCCCAGAAAUGCCGUCGUGGCUUAAAGUUGUCGCAACUAUUAGGACGCAAUUCCUCGAACUAACUAAACAAUUACCGUACACGAGGUUAAGCUUAGAUGACUCGGAUAACGUUCAUAAAGAUUUACUCGAAUAUUUCAACGCGAGAGUUCAAACGGCUCCCAUUAUAGAAACUAAUAUCAAAAGCUCGACAGGUAAAACAGAAGGCAUGCACAAUUCUGUCAUGAAAUUCGCACAAUACGUCCUCCAUUUGAGCCAAGGCUCGUUUCUGUUCCUAAAACUCAUACUGGAUCUCCUCGAACGAAGUCACAUAGUCGUUAAGUCAACGAACUACAAAGUGGUACCGAUUUCAUUGGCACAAAUUUUUCUACUGCAGUUUAAUUUAAGAUUCCCCACCGUACAAUCCUUCGAAAAAGUCACACACAUUUUAAGUGUUUGCCUCGCUGCGUUAUAUCCCCUUACUUUGGUAGAAAUUUACUAUUCAGUCAACUCUUUGCUAGUUGACACGUUUUUGCCUUGGGACGAAUUCUGCCACAGAUUUGAUGGUUUAACAGAUUUCCUAGUUAAACGAAUCGACAACACUUAUAUGUUCUUCCAUCCGUCGUUCAGAGAGUGGUUAAUACGUCGCGAUGAUAACGAGAGCUCGAAAUUUUUGUGUGAUUUGAGAGCUGGCCAUUGUGGUAUUGCAUUCAGACUUUCUAGAGUACAAUCGCCUUUGGAUCCAGAAAAAUCAAUGGAAUUGGGACACCACAUUCUAAAAGCUCAUAUGUACAGAAAUAUGGGGCCUGCUCAGUUAGGAUUGUGUCCAAGAGAUUUACAAGCAAUGCUGGUUGCAUCAAGUUCCGCCAAUGUCGGCGAAGCAGUCGCGAAUUUGAGGAACAUUUAUACUCCAAAUGUCAAAGUUUCACGGCUAAUGUUGUUGGCUGGAGGAUCUCCGAAUCAGAUUACCGAAUGUCUUGGGAAUGCUCCGUUGUUAUGCAUGUAUGCGUAUCAAGGGAUCAUCGCGAUGGUCGGAUUGCUGAUAGAAUUUGGAGCGGAUCUAGAGAUGACGAAUUCACAAGGAUGUUCAGCGUUGUCACUGGCAUGUCAGAGAGGACAUACUGAUGUUGCCAGGAUGUUGAUAGCGUCAGGUGCAUCGCUAAGUCACACCGACACCGCAGAACAAACACCACUCGUCCACGCAGCUAAGAACGGUCAUCGCGAUACCGUGAUAUACCUCCUGGGAUGUCAAACCGGCAAGGACGACAGGAAUUCCCUGGACAUAGACGAGUGUAAUAUUGAACAACUGGUGCCUGGUUCGAGGCAUGCUUUGAUAGGCGCAGCACAAAACGGUCAUUUGGAUAUUGUUGAAUAUCUUUUAGACACCGCUGAAUUAAUCCCCGACGGAAUAUGUCCAGUAACGGGAGAAACUGCCCUCACAGCAGCCUGUUCCACCGGAAACGCAGCAAUCGCCGAUGCUUUACUAAUCCGAGGAGCUACACCGUAUUCCCUAAACGCUAGACAAAUGUCACCACUAGCUCUAGCCGCUAAGAAUGGCAGAACUGCAUUGGUGUUGAGACUGUUGGAUUCAGGGGCAGAUGUGAUGGGAUCUGGAGGGAAGAAUCCUCUGAUUCUUGCUGCAGCGGAGGGUCAUGCUGAAGUCGUUGAGAUGCUUUUAGAGCAUGGAGCUGACCCCGACGCUGUAGACGGAGAUGGUAUAACUCCGCUUGGUUGGGCCGCUCUUCGCUCCAGAAUACCAACUAUAGUGGUGCUGCUAGAUAAAGGAGCUAUAAUUGACCAACCAGACGGCAGCGGAAGGACGCCCUUAGGGCUCGCGUGUGGAGGGCCAGCAGAACUCGUGGAAUUGCUGUUAGAGCGAGGAGCUUCACUGGAGAGGGUCGACCACAGCGGACUUAGGCCAUUGGAUAGAGCUAUUGGACAGAGAAAUGUUCCCGUGGUGAAUUGCUUUUUGAAAAAAGGGGCUAAGUUAGGCCCCACUACGUGGGUGAUGGCAUCAGGCAAACCAGAAUUUAUGCUAAUACUCCUAAACAAGUUGCUCGAAGAUGGGAACCUCCUAUACCGCAAGAACCGUCCCUCAGAAGCUGCACAUCGCUACCAGUAUGCUCUCAAGAAAAUAAACCCCCUUAUAAGUGACGAAGGGUUGACCACUCCGUCCACGCAACCAGUGCCUCAUGAACACGUAUCUGCGUUUGUACAGUUGAAGACGAAUCUGCUACUGAAUCUAUCACGGUGCAAGAGGAAACUUAAUGAACCAUCAGAAGCAUUCGACUUGGCCGCACGCGCGUCCGUCUUACGUCCCAACGCGUUUGAAUGUGCUUACGCGAUGUCCCGAGCUAUACUAGCUUUAAAUAAACCUUCCGAUGCCUUGCCCCACUGUCGACGAGCCUUACUCCUAGCACCUGCGACUGAUCUAUCCGCUAUGAGGACUCUAAAGGCGCUACAGCAAGAGAUUCUCACAAGGAUCAACACUGGGACCCAUAGUUUAAACGGUGAUACACGAUCCUUGAGAAAUUAUGACAGCAUCAGUUUAAACAUGCCUUGAUGACCACUGAAACGCCUAUUAAAAAACUAUUUCAUUAGUUAGCAAUUAGUUAUAAGAUGAGUAUAUAAAAAACGGGCUAUAAAACUUGCUGAAAGUUCAGUCGGUAACUUAAAACACAGCUUAUUUAAAAAUUUAAAUUUUUCCACCUGGCAGCCACAGAAUUCUAAAAAUACCUACUUAAAAAACCUUGACCAGUUAUUAGCGCUCUUUAGUUUUGUAAAUUAUGUUAUUUCUUUUGUAAGUAGUUAGGUACAUUUAUAAAACAUGUAACACAUAGGUACUACUAUAUACAUUGAUAUUAUGUACUAGAUACAUUGGUUCAUAUAUUAUGUUCCCUAUUAGACCCAUGAAGGCACAUUCUUGAGCCUAUCUUUCCUCGAUGACCUACUGCUGUUCAAAAAUCAUAAGUCAUGGACCACUUGAAUGAACCUCUUUUAUAAUUCAGACAAAAUAUUUUUGUUUCUUUCUACGUGUAAAUAUUAUAUUAUUUUGAUAAUAUUACAACAAAUUGUAUGGUUUAAGGCAAUUGAGCGUACUUUGACUUUGCUCACACUUUACUAAAAUUUAAAAUGAGUCAUACAACAGCUGUCAUAAGGUUGAACAAAGUCAAAAUAGAUAAGCUCUAUAAAUUAACUCUAAAAAACUCUAUAUAAGAAAGUCCAAAAUUUUAAUAACCUAUCUUGAUAUUUUCUAUUAAAUAUGAAUUUUAAUUUGACAUGAUAUGGUUAUAAAUUGUAACAGCUGUAUAUUAUUCCACCCACAUUUGCAAAUAAAGAAUUUUGUAUUGUAUUUGUAUGAAAGGAAUAUUAAUUGCGUAUCUGCCAGAUUUUACGUGGUUGCCUGUAGAGUGUAGACGAAUAAAAAAUUAUAAUGGCAAAUAAACAUAAAUAGAGCAACAAAAUAAGAUUUUUCGUCUAAUAUUCUAGAAAAAAUUGUGAUUUUUGCAUUUAGGUUUUAUUGUGGUGUUAUAAAUGAAAAAAAAAAUACAAAAAUAUUCAGAUUUUGUGGAUAUAAAUGACUAAAAUUACAUAAUUGUAUGAGAUUUCUUGUCGAAGAAAUCUUUAUAAUCUAUGAAACUUUUAUGAUUUUUUAUAAAAUUACCUAUGAUAUGAAAUUGUUUUGUGUAAAUGUAUUUCCUACUUUUUAUACUUACCUACUUUAAUUAGUUAUUACCUUUAUUAUUAUUUUUAGUGCUGGCACGUUUAUAUUAGAAUUCUUAUUCCUAGGUCUUAUGAAGGUUGUUUUUGAUUUUUUUAAUUAUAAUAACUCAACUAAAUAGUGUUGUCAGUUUGUAGAAUAAGCUAUAUCUAGUAAAUACAGAUUCCUUGUGAUCAAAUGACAUUUCUGUAAAUAAGUAUUUCAUUUUAUAUUUUCUAUAUAAUAUUAUUAUGUGCAUGGAAAUGUACUAUACUAAGUGUUUUUUUUAUAAAUUUUAGUUUCAUAUAACUCGAAUAUAUAUUUUCUUUUAGCUUGCCAUUUUUUUUGGAUAUUUUCAUUUUAUUAUUUACUUACAUUUAUUAGGACCUUUAAUAACUUUAAAACAAUGCAAUUAUGUUAUAUCUAGAUAUUUUUCCUCGUAAAACUAGUAAAAAACAAAGGCAAACUUAAGUGAAGAUGUCAAAUAGAUUUUUCAUUGUUGUUAGAUAUUGUUAAAUUUUUUUUUUUUGAGUCAAACUCAUGUGCCCAUUCUCUUGCUUUAUUUUAAUUUAUUACAAUAAUUUUAUAUUUUUAAUAGUUUUAAAACCUAGAGGCAGAACUGUAACGUUUGAAAAAUUAUUAUAAAAAUUCGUUUGACUAUUUAGUGUGGUUUAAGUGUAAACUAUUAUUUUAGAGUGAUCUAUUUAUUUAAAAUUAUUUUUCAAAAUGAAUCCUUAUUAGAAAAAUAUACUUAUUGAAAACAUGACAUAAGUAAAUCUACUUCAAACUUUUCACUUGCAGUUAAUUGAUGGAAAUAAACCUCCAAUAACUAAUAAAAAUUUUAUGUAAGUAAUUUUGCAAUAGACUAAACUAUUCGACAAAGUAAGACUGAAAUUUUGAUACGCAUCCAUCUGAACAUGUUACUGUAUAAAAGUAAAUAGAAUAAUAAGAUGUUACUAUAAGUACAAUAGUUCUGUGAGAGUAUAUAAUUAUAAAUACACAUAUUGCUUCAUA